AUGGUGCAAUGCGACGCAUGUGACCAAUGGAGUCAUUUUGCAUGCGUGGGCGUGGACGACAGCAUUGCAAACCUGCCGUGGAGUUGCGAUAAAUGCAACACGGUAGUGCAGGUUUCACAAGAGGUUCCAGAUAAGGCACCAAGUGAGGAGGACUUGGUAAGUAAGGGCGGUUCAAUCAUGUCAAGAAACAGCAUGAGAAUCGAACUGCAGUACUUAGAAGAGCAAAGAAAAGCCGAAAUGAAAUAUAUAGAAAAGAAACGUACAAUAAUGCUGAAGUAUGUAGGCGAGGAUGAUGUUAAGGGUGAAGGCAUGAGUGAGGUAAGGACACAUAGGACGUUAGAAUGGGUGAAGAAACAGGUUGGUAUGAACAACGAUGACAGCAAACCAAACGUAGGUUGUGGUGUUCAGUUGGGUGGUUCAGCUGAUAGGGCGGAAGCCCAAGCAGUAUCGAAAGUUAUACCGGCGCUGAUGAUAGAACAAAUUAAUGCGCGUCAUGUCGUUCCACGAGAUUUGCCUAUAUUUACCGGAAAGCCGGAAGAGUGGCCACUUUUCUACAGCAGUUUCAGCAAUUCAACACGUUUAUGCGGUUUCAGUGAAGACGAGAAUCUUUUACGAUUGCAACGUGCCCUUAAGGGUAAGGCACUUGAAUAUGUUAGCAGUAGGCUCAUGAUACCAGCAUUAGUGCCGGAAAUAAUGUCAACUCUUCAAAUGGUAUUUGGAAGACCAGAACACAUAAUCAAUAACUUAAUUACUAAAAUUCGAGCAGUGUACAUUAAUAUAAAUAAAUUGGACACAAUUGUUACGUUCGCCUUAGAGGUAAAAAAUUUGAUUGCAACUAUGGAGGCUUCAGAGUUACAUUCACACUUAGUGAACCCGUUGCUUAUCCAAGAGCUUGUAGAAAAACUACCACCGCAAAUGCGAUUGCAGUGGGCUGUUGCAUCGCGUAAUAUCAAUGUAACACUUAAAACAUUCAGCAACUGGAUAUAUGAACUAGCAGAAGCAGCAAGUAAUGUAUCGCCCGUUUUUAGUGCUGGAGCCAGUGUAGAUAAUGAAAGGCGCAAAGCGCAACGCAUUAAUUUUCACGAAGAAGAACCUCAGGGUGCAGUAGGCGAUAAGCACAAAAUUCUAGCAUGCUUUUAUUGCAAGGAGGCACAUGUGUUAAAAAGGUGUGCAAAGUUUAGAACACUAAAAACAGACGCGAGGUGGAACGUAGUGCGUGAAAUGAGACUGUGUGGAAGAUCUCUACUGCAGCAUGAUUUUCGAACGUACAAGAGGACCCGAGAGUGCGGUAUACACAAUUGCAACAUGAAACAUCACCCAUUGCUACAUAAACAAACAAGUUCAACUGCAAGUGGGGCAAAUGAAACGUUGGCGGUUCAUCAUCAACUAACUUCACAAGCGCUGUACAGAAUUGUUCCAGUUACAAUAUAUGGAAAUGGUGUUACCUGCAACAUUUAUGCCUUUCUGGAUGACGGAUCUGGUCCAACGUUAAUAGAAAAAGACGUAUUAAGACAACUGCGGAUUAAAGGUGAAACGAAAGAUCUUUGUUUACGAUGGACAAAUGGUACGGUACGCAAGGAACCUGAUUCUGAGCUGGUCAACCUGCAAGUCUCCAAAAUACGCGAAGGUAAAAGGUAUUCGUUGUGCAAUGUGCGUUCAGUAGCUAAGCUGGAGCUACCCGAGCAAUCUUUAAAUAUGACAGAACUUACCGAUAAGUAUAAACACUUAAAGGGACUACCAGUAGAAUCGUAUCAAAACGUUAGGCCUCGAAUGAUAAUCGGCCUAAGCAAUAAAGAGGUAGCUAUGCCAAUGAAGUUCAGAGAGGGAGGCAAGAAUGAGCCAGCUGCAACGAAAACUCGACUCGGGUGGACCAUAUAUGGGAUAAUUAAGCACGAACCUAAUACUAUUAGGGAAACGUUAAAUUUACACAUCUGUGAAUGCGAUGAUGAUCUAAGUUUGCAGCGUUUAGUGAAAGAUUUUGUCAGUAAUGAAAACGUUAUUGAAGGUAAGAAAAAACUAGAAAAUAUGGAGUUGGAACAACAAAAAAGUAUGCAAUCAAAAAUAAGUCGAAAUGGUGAAUACUUUGUAGCAAGAUUGCUUUGGAAAUCAAAUAACAUUACUAUGCCGGAUAAUUACUUAAUGGCGUUGCGUAGACUUCAGUGCUUUGAGCGCAAGCUGCAAUCCAAUGUAACAUUGCAAAGCUGGGUAUGUGAUCACAUCGAUGACAUGAAGGCGAAAGGUUAUAUACGCCAGCUGAAAUCUAACGAAGCCGAGGGGUAUUAUCCACGUAAAUGGUACUUACCGAUGUUUACAGUCAGUAAUCCGAAUAAACCACAAAAGCAAAGACUAGUGUGGGAUGCAGCUGCACAAUAUGACGGAGUCUCGUUAAAUGCGUGUUUGGAGAAAGGUCCAGAUCUGCUCACUUCGUUGGUAGAUGUUCUUGUUAAUUUCAGAAUCGGAAAAAUUGGUAUAAGUGGCGACAUUAAAGAGAUGUUUCAUCGAGUACUCGUGAAAGAAGAAGAUCAACAUUCACAACGCUUCCUGUGGAGAAAUUGUGACGAUAGCAGACCACCAGACGUUUAUUUGCUACAAGUUAUGAGUUUUGGGGCAACAUGUUCACCAUCGUUGGCACAACUGGUAAAAAAUAGUAAUGCACGCGAAUACGAAACCGAGUUUCCGCGAGCAGUGAAAUGUAUUUUACAAAGGCAUUAUGUAGAUGACAUGCUGGAUAGCGUCGACACAGUGGAGGAAGCGAUUAAUCUAGUCAAUGAGGUUAGAAAUAUUCAUAAGAAAGCAAAUUUCCAUAUUCGCAAUUGGGUUUCAAAUUCUAAGGCAGUGCUGAAAGCUAUAGGUAACCAAGGCCAGGAAUUUCAAUUUUGCUCGGCCGGAAGGCGUAUAGACCAUACAUUUGAGGCAGAGAAGGUAUUGGGAAUCCAUUGGCAAACCGACGCUGAUAUGCUCACAUUUGAUCUGAAGUUUACCAAAGCCACUGAGGAUGUUCUAAGUGGAUAUAGAUUACCUACGAAGAGAGAGUUGCUACGAUUGAUGAUGUCAAUAUUCGACCCUUUAGGGAUGCUUACCUUUUACAUUAUUGACGUAAAAAUUUUGUUUCAAAAAGUUUGGCGAAGUGGAGUUAGCUGGGAUGACGCUAUUCCUAAUGAGCUAGUUGAUGAGUGGAACAAAUGGCUGUCGCUGCUUGGCGGUGUGAAAAAUGUGAAGAUACCGAGAUGUUACUUCGCUACGGUUAAUAAGGAUGCAGACUCCAUUGAAUUGCAUGUCUUUGUGGACGCAAGUGAGGUUGCAUAUGCAGCGGUGGUGUACCUAAGAGCGAAGAAUCGCAACAACAUAGAUGUUUCCUUGAUAUGUUCUAAAGCAAAAUUAAUACUGCUUCCUCUACUCAUUGGGUCAGUAAUUGAUUACGGAAAGGCUGAGUUAUAUGUAGAAAAAAUUGAAACGGAAACUGGUUAUACGGAAAUCAACGUAGAAAAAGCAGAAAUUGUACAUAAGUUAAAAAGGGGAUUACUAAAUGCUGGAGGACGUCUACUCAGUUGUGCGUUUGUAACUUUAGAUAAUAAGGAUAAAUCUACCAUCGAAGGGCAUUUGGUAGCAUUAGAGCAGAACAAUCAUGAACUGAUCAUAUCUGAAAAUCAACAGGUUAACAUAAAUGACAGUUAUAACAAAACUUUGGAGAAACUAAAGAAAGUGAUACAGAACGACUGGGAACUUAUAAGAAACAAUGUAAAGAGAGAUUUAUUAGACGAAAAUUUGGCAAUAUCACAGCUAUUUACUAUUACGAGUCUCCGAAGGCAAGUUGAACGGAUACAAAAAAACGUUGUUUCGGCAAAAUCGGGAGUGAUACAACCAAACAUUUUGAACCGGGAGAAAAUACAGAAGUUCGAUAUUGGUUUCGAAAAACUGAGCCAAAUUAAACUAGGAACGGCAACGUUUAAGGAGAAGUCAAUUGUAUUCGUAAUAAAAGUACCAGGAGAGACAUUAAGGGUAGAGAAACGGUUAGUAGUUCCUAUAUCAAAUGCUAAAGGAAAUCAAAUAAAUACAGCGUUGGAAACAACAGUAGAGAUAGCUGGUAAGCGAAGGUGA